AUGGCUUUUGGACAGCUUAAGAAUGGGAAAGCCCCUGCAGAGGAUGGAAUCACGACUGAGCUUCUGAAAGCAGGUGGCACACCUGUAUUGAAGGAGCUCCAAAAAAUCUACAAGUUGAUUCUAUUCAAAAGGAAAACUCCAGAGGCGUGGGCUAGGAGCGUAGUGGUCUUGUUUUUAAAAAAGAGUCAUCACAAACCUUCUCGCGCUAGACUCGAUGAAUCCCAGCCACCGGAGCAGGCCGGGUUCCGAGGAGGAUACAGUACCAUAGACCACAUACACACAAUAAGGCAGAUUAUACAGAAAGCCUAUGAGUAUAAUCAGCCCCUGUGCUUAGCUUUCGUGGACCAUGAGAAGGAUUUCGACUCUAUUGAAAUCUACGCCGCAACUAUGACCGUCUUAUUCCGGAACCGGCAGUCUGAACACAUCUCUCUGCAUCGAGGAGUGAGACAAGGGGAUGUUAUAUCCCUCAAUUUGUUCACAAAUGCAUUGGAGGACAUGUUUAAGACACUGGACCGGAACAGACUGGCAUAA